GCAGCUUCCAAUUCCAAUAACGUAAACCACCACAUCACACCAACACCAGUAGUACGAGACUAUAUACAGCCAUACAGGAAGCAGAGCUAAUAAGCCGCCAUUGACCACCUUCAAUUCAUUCCUCUUUCUUCCUGUCACCAUUCCAAAGUAUAUACGGCAUGGACGACGACGAGAAGCCGCCGGCGGCGGCGGCGGGCGCCAUCGGCGGCGAGGUGGCAGCGGGUGCCGUCGCCGUGGACGCGUGCCUGGUGGCGGCGGCCAUGGCGGGGGCGUCGCUGCUGGCGUGGUGGGCCGUGGCGUUCCACCCGUCCAACAGCCGGCUGUGGAUGGUGCCCGUCGGCCUCGUCCUCGCCUGCACUCCGGCCAUCGUCUACCUCGCCCUCUCCUUGCAACCGCCGUCUACUGUAAGUGAUCACAAAGGAUCUCACGCCGCCGGCCACCCGCCGCCGCCGCCGCCAUUGUCCAUGGUGGUAAUCGACAAGUAGCUAGCUAGCUAGCUAGCAGCAACUUACGGUACACGGACAAUAUAUAUUGAUAGUGAUCGUGCAUGUAAUAAUUAAUUCUUUAGUUCUUGGAGUUCAUCGAUCUCAUCUUUUUCUGCUUUUCUUUCUAUGGAUUAUGUGCGUGUGUAAUUAUGUACAGAUCACAUGUAGUAGAGCUCAGUGCAUGAUGAGAAUUGCUGUACUUUUACCGAAUUAAUUAAAUAAAGGAGAAGCUAUAGCUAGUCAUCGAUCAGUUCAUUUCGAUGAGCAUGGGCAUGUUUUGUUUCUA